AUGGCUCUAUCGAUUCACCUUUCGAAGGGAACCGCAAUACACGCUCACCAUCGUCUUUCAUCAGAGACUUCCACUCAUCUCAUAAGCGCACGACUGUCCCAGACAUCAAUGCAACCUGGACACUCGACAUAUCUGGAUAAUGUGCGAUGUAGCGGGCGCGGUUUGGAAAGAAGCGGAACGAAUUUGGCGCAAGCUGGGUUCAGAGUGUCCCAUGAUAAUCCCAACAAACAUCAAUGA